CUCUGUAUCUCUUUAGAUUUCCCUCGUUUUCUUUCUUUUUAUUCUCUCUAAAUUGCUCUUCAUUUCUCUCCUUCUAUGGAUGGUGGUGUCAUGUAACUGAUGCCACAAAUUCAUCAUCAAAGUCAGUCACCGAUGAUUAUCGGUGCGUUCUCAGUAUCAUUGCCAGCAUUGUGAUUUCGUGGUGUAUGACUUACUGAGGUUACAAUCUUUUAGUUAUUUUUGUCAAAUGGCUUCAGUGGGUACAGCACCUAGUUCUGGUUUAAGGGAGUCGAGCAGCCAUGCUGUUGGGAUGGAUAGUUUGCCUGACGAGAUGAAUGACAUGAAAAUCCGAGAUGAAAAGGAUAUAGAAGCAACACUUGUGGAUGGCAAUGGGACUGAGACAGGCCAUGUAAUAGUGACAAGUAUUGGUGGUAGAAAUGGCCAGCCCAAGCAGACAAUUAGUUACAUGGCUGAACGCGUUGUUGGACAUGGAUCAUUUGGAGUAGUGUUCCAAGCAAAAUGUUUAGAGAACGGUGAAACAGUUGCUAUAAAAAAGGUUCUCCAGGACAAGAGGUAUAAGAACCGAGAGUUGCAGACCAUGUGUCUUCUCGACCAUCCAAAUGUUGUGUCCUUGAAGCAUUGCUUCUUCUCACCAACUGAAGAGGAUGAACUUUAUCUCAAUUUGGUACUUGAAUAUGUCCCUGAAACUGUUCACCGUGUUAUCAAACAUUAUAAUAAGUUGAACCAAAGGCUACCGCUGAUAUACGUGAAGCUGUAUGCGUACCAGAUCUUCAGAGCAUUGUCUUAUAUCCAUUCUGGUUUUGGAGUAUGUCACAGGGACAUAAAGCCUCAAAAUUUGUUGGUGAAUCCACAUACCCACCAACUUAAGCUAUGUGAUUUUGGAAGUGCUAAAGUUUUGGUCAAGGGAGAGCCCAAUAUCUCUUAUAUCUGCUCUAGGUAUUAUAGAGCACCUGAACUUAUUUUUGGAGCAACAGAGUAUACAACUAACAUUGACAUUUGGUCUGCUGGAUGUGUGAUUGCUGAAUUACUUCUUGGGCAGCCUCUGUUUCCUGGUGAGAGUGGAGUGGAUCAGCUUGUCGAGAUCAUUAAGGUUUUGGGUACUCCAACCAGGGAGGAAAUAAAAUGCAUGAAUCCUAAUUAUACCGAGUUCAAAUUUCCUGAAAUAAAAGCUCAUCCCUGGCACAAGAUAUUCCAUAAGCGCAUGCCUCCAGAAGCCAUUGAUCUUGUUUCAAGAGUGCUCCAGUACUCCCCUAAUCUACGUUGCUCAGCUUUGGAUGCCUUGACCCAUCCCUUUUUCAAUGAGCUACGUGAUCCAAACACCCGUCUGCCAAAUGGUCGUUCCCUUCCUCCGUUGUUCAACUUCAAGCCUCAAGAAUUGAAGAACGUCCCGGAGGAGACGCUGACAAAGUUGAUUCCUGAGCAUGCUAGGAAGCAUUGCCCCUCUCUGGGAUUAUGAUUCCUCCAAGUACCAAAAUAACCAUUAAUCUUCCUGUACUUCACGAUCGCCACGCUUCUCCUUCUGCUGUUGCUCUGUAUCAGUAUUGUGUUGUUUUUGUAAUAGCAGAUAAAGGGAAGUGCUAUUUACUGAUUGCGGAUAUUAUGUUUGUGCUGUUUUUUUAUGGCCUGCGAAUUGUAAUCUCAUAUAGAUAAUGAUGUCUAUUUAUCUAAAUGAACUUAUCAUUACA